GUUUUUGUUUAUUGCAAAAAAAAAAAAAAAAAAUUGGGAGGCCAUCACCAAAUCUUCAAUCACCACUAUCCUAACACCCAACGCAACCCAACACAUCAUCAUCAUCCAUUUAGUAUUACACACAGAAAAGGCAAACCAUGGAGACCAUUGGAAUUGCAAAGAAAAUUCGAGUUAGAAGAAAGAAGAAGAAGCUUGUUGAAUAACCCACAAGGAAAGAAGCUUAUUAUUCAUUUGGGUUUACUUUUAUGCAACCAAAGUUCCAAGCUUUGUUCAUCUUUAGGACGGCGCGUUGUAUCUGGAAAAACCAUGAAUUGCUUAUCUCUGCUCGAGUUCCUUGUGAUCUGAUGAAAGAACUCGUCAAGAUGCAGAUGUAGGUGGUAGGCAUAUUCAGUAUAGUAUGAUAGCUUUACUUUAAAUGUGUAGUUGGAUUGUUAGAACUGCCCCUUUCAUAUUUGAGAAGUCAUGGAUGGUCGGGCAACUUGAAACCAUUUGGUCACCUGGAACAUAGAAAUGCAACUUGAUUCUUAUGCAUGAAUGCACAGAGAAAGAGGGAAGAGAAGGAAAGUUAAAUAAGGACUUUAUCUUGAAAUUCUUUUGAAGAUGGGAUUGCCUCAAGUGUCUUCUAGCAGUAUUGCUGAGGAAGUGGCAGCAUCGUUGUGCACUUUUAUGCAACCUCCAACCAGAAUUGCUGGCGUGAGCAGCUGUGAUUUAAGUGGUUUGCAUGGCGGAAACAUGGGAAAUCACAUGCAGGUGGAUUUGACAUGCUCUUCUCCUGGAGAGUUGCAAAGGAAAACCUUGACAGAGAUUCCAAAUAAGACAGAUUUUUCGAAUAUACGUGUUGGUCGAUCAAACAUGCAUUCCUUGAAGAUCAACACCAUGGAACAAAAUAACUGGUUAAAUCUGAAAUUAGGUCAGAAUAUUCAGACAUCUGUUCCCAGAAUUGUUGGUUUUGAACCAAGAAAUUUAAAUUCUCCUCUUGAUUUGUUUAAUGGAAACCGACACUCUUCUAGUGGGGUGGCUGUCACAGAUGACACAAAUGAGGCCACCGGGUCAGUAGCCAGGAAGCGGUUAUCGUCUCCUUUGAAUGGAAUGCGUCUCCAAGAUCAAUUUAAUGGUGAUUCUCUAAACAUUGGUGAUGGGGUUCAUAAGACUUUUGGAUGCAAAGAUGGCUCUAAUAUUCCCACAUUUCAAGAGCAUAAAAAAGCUCACAUUGGCAACUCCAAUUGUUUCAGUUCUACUACCUGGUCUGCAUCUUGUUCCCCAGAGUGGAAGAAUUCAUUGGAUGAGAAGUGUACUACAAACUCCUCCUUUGUAGUUGAUGGUCCUUUGCUUGAAACGAAGGAGCCAAAAUCACAUAAUCAGUUCAUAUCAUCAUCUGGACUUGAUUACUCCCCAGAAACAAUAAAGGUAAGGUCACAAUCUGGAGCAAUAGCCAUAAAUUCAAGAAAGGUGGCGGUGCAUCCACUUUCUUUAUCUCCUCUUGGCCCAAAAUUUCCUGAAAGAGUGAAAUCUGGAGAAGUAUGCAGGGAUCAUACACCGGGGGCAGAUGAUUACAGUAUGACUUUUAAGGACAUGGACCAUUCACUUGAUGGAACUAUCCCAGGCAUUUCAUCGUCUUGGAAAGAGGAGACUUUUAGGGCUCCAAGUAACUCAUUGGAAGAUGUUGAUAUUUUGCAGAAAAAGUUUGACCUCUUUAGUCCUGAGAGUCCCAACGGAAUGCAACAGCACUGGAGUCAGGAUUUGAAAUCCAAGUCUGAAGGUGUUAAAUUAGCUCGAAGCCUGACUGGACUACCUGUUAGAAGGUCCUUGGUGGGUUCAUUUGAGGAAUCCCUCUUGUCUGGGCGAUUGGUGUCGGCAAAGGUUAAUCAGAGAAUUGAUGGUUUUCUUGCUGUUCUGAAUGUUACUGGAGGGAAUUUCUCACCAAAAUCACAAAAACUUCCAUUUUCCGUGACCAGUGUGGAUGGAGAGAACUACUUGCUGUAUUAUUCAUCAAUAGAUCUUGCUGGGAGAAGGACAUCAGAAAUCUAUGGAGGCCCAAAGAUGAAGAGAAGCCUUAGCAUGGAUGAUUCACGAGCAGACAGGAACCGUCUAAGAAUACCUAUGAAAGGCCGUGUACAACUGGUUCUCAGCAAUCCAGAAAAGACACCAAUUCAUACUUUCAUCUGUAACUACGAUUUGAGUGACAUGCCAGCCGGUAGCAAGACAUUUUUGCGCCAAAAGAUCACUCUAGCCACUUCUGAAGCAACCUUGAAGGCUCAGAAUGGAAGACAUACAGAGUCUGGUGAAGAAAAUGAUUCAAAUCCAUCUUCAAUCCUAGACACUGCUAAUUCUUUUCAGCUUACCGGCAAUGAUAUAAGAACCUCAAAUCAGUGUGUAAAAGGAAUUAGUACAGGCGGUUCUGCCUACACCAAGUAUGCAGUCGAUCAACGCAAAAGAGGGGAGGAAGAAUGCAUGGUGACCUCUUCUCUUGGUGACUUCAAUUCUUUUAGAUAUGAAAAGACCAAUGAGAAGGACAACAUGACAAUGAGUACAUGCCAUAUCAGUGAAAGCAAGUCUCUGCAUAGCCCUUCAAAGCUUAGAAAUAAUACUACUGGUGCUGGUGUUCUACGUUAUGCUCUGCACCUUCGCUUCUUGUGCCAUUUUCCUAAGAAAUGUUCAAGGUCAGUCCAGAGAUGUAAAUUAGAUCCCUCAUCUGGACAAGUGAAAAACAGUUUGGACAUUGAAGGGGAGCGGCGCUUCUACUUGUAUAAUGAUUUGAGGGUGGUUUUCCCUCAACGUCAGACGGAUUCUGAUGAGGGCAAGUUACAUGUGGAGUACCAUUUUCCUUCAGAUCCGAAAUACUUCAAUAUCAGCAACUAGAAGGGGCAGAGGACAUUCUGUGCUUAGAUUAGAUAAUCUCUGUGUAUCUGUAGUCUCAGUAUGUACAUAUCUGUACAUUCAUUUCCCAUCAUCUUUUGGGGCAAUUCCCCCAUUUAAGCUGUAUAUAAUCAUCACCAUCAAUAAACAGUCAAUUUAAUAAAUCUUGCUUUCACACCCGUA